UUGCCUACUCGCAGUGAGGCGACUGACUUAUCGUUUCUUUUCUCCCGACUGCAAUCGUUGCGACCCUCAGUGAGAGGUUCAGAUUUUCCUCCAACAUGUGGAGAGAACUAAACCGUGUUCUUCUCCAGAUUGCCAUAUUUUGGACAUGUGCUUCAGCCAACAAGUGUCUUUCCGGGUGGCUCGAGCACGGCACCAGCUGCUACAAGAAGGAGGUGGAGACGCCCAACGGUUGGCUGGGGGCCCGGCACCACUGCGUCUGGCAGGGCGGCGACCUGCUCUCCAUCACCUCCUCGGCCGAGGAGGACUUUGUGAAGGGCACCAUGGGCAAGGACACUCGCUUCUGGCUGGGACUCUCCAACCAGAAAUGCGACGACGUCUGGUGUCGCUUUGUAGCCGGAAGCCAGGAGCUGAUCUGGUCUGAUGGCGAGACAACGACAUACACCAACUGGGCCUCAGACCAAUUUAAAAGCGCCGACGUCGCGUCCUGCGCCUACGUCAACCAAGGAGCUUAUCUUUUGCCUGGGAAGUGGAGGUCUGGCUCCUGCGCUUCCUCGUUGGCCUACAUGUGCAAACGGCCGCAGAGCUGCCCGGAGGGACGGACGUGUGCCUCCAAUACUGGUUCUGCUGUAAUGAAGACUUCCGACUGCGACGAUGGCAACUUCCUUUAUGGCGAUGAUUGCUAUCUUUUUGACGCGACGAUUAGAACUUGGGAGGAUGGCGAGAAGUUUUGUCUCGCCCGGCGAGGCCACCUGGCGAGCAUACACUCUGAGGAAGAUGCCCGAUUCAUUAUUGAUCACAUAACUUACUGGCAAACAUGGGUGGGAGAAAAGAAGAAGGGCAACAACUACGAGUGGACUGACGGAACAGCUUCUUUUGACUACGGAAAAACGAAGUACUACUCCAGUGGUGACUGUUCAUUGUUGGAAGCCGACAAAUACCUGUACAGACACAGUGGAUGCCACCAGACACGCCGAGCGGUCUGCAAAACAGCCAAGCGCGGAGGGCCUCCACAGCUGCCACCAUUAGUCGGCCAGCCGGACUGGACUCAGAAAUGCGGCUGGUGGCUGGACGACUCCGAGAGCGACUUCUGCUACCUGAUGAUCCGCCAGCCCACUAAGACCUGGCAGAAGGCGCAAGACGACUGCCAACGCCUCCAAGGGAACCUGCUCAGCAUCACCAACGACCAUGAGCAGAGCUUCGUAAGCGGUUACUUCAAAGCUCUGAUGAAAGCAUCCUCUCUGUGGUUGGGCGCCAAUGUCCCCAUCAGUGGCAAAGGCAGCACGUGGGCUGACGGAGCCUCGUUCACUUACGUCCGCUCGACUUCAGGUACCCCCGAUGGAAAUUGUCUUAACUUCCUCACUGGCAACGGCAACUGGGAGUACGAAUCGUGCAACAAGGAGAGAGGUUACGUCUGCAAGAAAAGAGGAAAUGUCAAGCCUACACCGGCUCCUGACUCCAGCAAGUGUGCUCCCGGGUGGGUCGACCACGGCACCAACUGCUACAAGAAGGAGGUGGUGACGCCCAACGGUUGGCUGGGGGCCUGGCACCACUGCGUCCGGAUGGGCGGCAACCUGCUCUCCAUCACCUCCUCGGCCGAGGAGGACUUUGUGAAGGACACCAUGGGCAAGGACACCCCCUUCUGGCUGGGACUCUCCAACCAGAAAUGCGACAAGUUCUGGUGUCGCUUUGAAAGCGGGAGCCAGAAGCUGACCUGGUCCGAUGGCGAGAACACGACACACACCAACUGGGCCUCAAAUCAACUCGAAAGCGCCGACGUUGCGUCCUGCGCCUACGUCAACCAAGGGGGAGGGGGUGAGCCCGGCAAGUGGCGGUCUGGCUCCUGUCUUUCCUCGUUGGCCUACAUGUGCAAACGGCCGCUGAACUGCCCGAAGUGUUCGCUCAAAAGUGGUCCUGCUGUAGUGACGACCUCCGACUGCCACGACAACACCUUCCGCUAUGGCGAUUAUUGUUAUCGUUUCGAGAAGACGCUUAAAACCUUUGACGAUGCUGAGAAGUUCUGUCUUUCCCGGGGAGGCCACCUGGCUAGCGUCCACUCCAAGAAAGAGGCCCAAUUUGUGUAUGAGCACUCGCGGACCUCACAAUCUCCUUUCGUGGGACUCAAGAAGACAACGGGCGACGACUACGAGUGGAGUGACGGAACAAGUUUUAACUACGACGAUUGGCAAGAUGACACCACGGGGGACUGCGCGUUCCCAAAUUCUGUUGGGAAGUUGAGUGCCAGCCCCUGCAACACGCAGCGGCCAUUUGUCUGCAAAAGAGCCAAGCACGGAGGGCCUCAACAGCUGCCACCAUCAAUCGGCCAACUACGCUGGACUGAGAAAUGCGGCUGGUGGCUGGACAACCCCUCGGACGACUUCUGCUACCGGUUCAACUUUCAGCCCGCCAAGACUUGGCAGGAGGCGCAAGCCGACUGCAAAGGCCGCCAAGGGAACCUGCUCAGCAUCGCCAACUCGGAGGAGCAGGGCUUCGUACGCGGUAUCGCCAAGCUUCUGGCGAUGAAUGAUGACGCCUCCCUGUGGUUGGGCGCCGACGCCUCCAUCAAGCGUGACGGCGACAAGUGGACUGACGGAUCCUCCUUCUCUUACCUCCAGCCAAGUGCAGGUGUCACUGAAGGGGGGAAAUGUCUUUUCUUGCUCACUGGCAGCGGCGACUGGAAGCGCGACAAGUGCGGCAAGAAGAGAGGCUACGUCUGCAAGAAAAGAGGAAAGACACAUCAGCUGCCGCCACAUGACGGCUACAAGGAGGAGCUUGUCUGCCAAGACAAUUGGAACUCCCUCGAAUGUCCCGAUGAAAGAGUCAUCCGCAUACGGUCGGCUUUCCAUGGACGGAGGCGUGGCGACGUCUGUCCGAGUGGCGGCGGAUCACGCGAUGAAUGCAGGGUGGAAGGGGCUCUCCGUCGCUUCAGAGAAUUGUGUGACAACUAUCAGAUUUGCCCCAUUUACCCCAUUUACUUUACGGAUACGGACUCCUGCCCUGGUGUCUCCAAAUACCUCCGCGUCGUCUACAGCUGUGAGAAGAAAGUGUGUCUUGAUAGUCUGGGCAUCGCUGACGGGAGAAUCCCAGACUCCUCUUUUUCAGCCUCUUCCUCUGCGAUCAAUGCCGAACCUCACAAAGCACGUCUGGGGGGCAGCGGUUGCUGGAGAUCCUCCGAAAUGUUCGGCAGCUGGAUCCAGGUGAACCUCGGCGAGAACUUCAAGGUGACAGGCAUUAAGACCGAGAGGUGUACAUACCAAUUGCAAAGUUCCAGCGUAUUUGCGAUGCAGUUCAGUAUUGACGGAAGGACUUGGGAUGACCACCCAAAGCAGCCUUCUUUGGGGACGUAUAUUCUAACCAGGCCCGUGUUCGCCCAGUACAUCCGCCUCCUGCCAAUGUUUUUGGGCCUACGCUUUGACGUCUUAGGGUGCACGUCUGACGACACCCCUAGCAACAUCUUAUGCAGCAGCACAGCCACCGACCUCAGCCUCGACGGUUCAAUGACGGUGCGGUGCCCACUGGGCUGUGCCCAAGCCGGCUACAAGGUCUACGGAACACGGCUCUACAAACAGGACUCAAACAUCUGCGCGGCCGCUAUUCACUUCGGCGUCAUUGAGAACGAGAUUGGAGGAGAUGUGACUUUGCUGAAGAGACUGCCACAGAAAGCCUACAACAGCGCCACCUGUAACGGAAUCGUCUCGAAAGUAUAUGUUGAGAAAUUGGCUCCGUCUCGGUCUUACACUUUUGCUGACAUGGAGCCGAGAUGCUUGGGACCUGACUGGGAGGAGUUUGCGGACUUCUGCUACAAACGUUUUAAUGAUACAAAGACGUGGUACGGCGCUCGACACUCCUGCUGGGGUCUCGAUGCCAAUCUGGUGUCCAUUCGCUCCGAGGCUGAGCGGGAUUGGCUGCACGACCUCGUGAAGCUUGCCCCCGGAGACGCGUGGACCGGACUGAACGACCUGGUCAAUCGCGGCAGAUUCGUGUGGUCGGACCGCCGGAAGGUGACCUUCACCAACUGGGCUCCGGGAAAACCUGCCGGCCUGAUGGAGAAUUGCGUGGCCACCGUGAGCCAGUCUGGCAAAUGGAAGGGGAUGUCCUGCAUGGAAUUAAACGGCUACGUGUGCAAGAUGCCCACAGCGCGUUAUCCGCUGGAUUUGGAAAGUGCCAAUGGAAGUUGCGGGUAAUCCUAUGAAUGCAAUUGACCUUGCAUGAUCAUUCUGCUUGGUUUACCAUGCAUCUUGAUUGACUGAUUGAUUUACCAUGCAUUAUUGUGAUUGAUUAACCAUGCAUUAGUCGUCUUGUUAGUUAUCAUGCAUUCUUCUUCUUGACUUAACAUGUGAUAUUGUGAUUUACCAUGCAUUAUUAUUAUUUUGUUCAAUUUACCAUGCAUUAUUAUGAUUGAUUAACCAUGCAUUAGUCGUCUUGUUAGAUUGACCACGUGUUAUUAUUCUGUUUAAGUUACCAUGCAUUCUUCUUCUUGACUUAACAUGUGAUUGUGAUUUACCAUGCAUUAUUAUUAUUUUGUUCAAUUUACCAUGCAUUAUUAUGAUUGAUUAACCAUGCAUUAGUCGUCUUGUUAGAUUGACCACGUGUUAUUAUUCUGUUUAAGUUACCAUCCAUCUUCUUCUUCUUGACUUAACAUGUGAUAUUAUGAUUUACCAUGCAAUAUUAUUAUUUUGUUCAAUUUACCAUGCAUUAUUAUGAUUGAUUAACCAUGCAUUAGUCGUCUUGUUAGAUUGACCACGUGUUAUUAUUCUGUUUAAGUUACCAUGCUUUCUUCUUCUUGACUUAACAUGUGAUUGUGAUUUACCAUGCAUUAUUAUUAUUUUGUUCAAUUUACCAUGCAUUAUUAUGAUUGAUUAACCAUGCAUUAGUCGUCUUGUUAGAUUGACCACGUGUUAUUAUUCUGUUUAAGUUACCAUGCAUUCUUCUUCUUGACUUAACAUGUGAUUGUGAUUUACCAUGCAUUAUUAUUAUUUUGUUCAAUUUACCAUGCAUUAUUAUGAUUGAUUAACCAUGCAUUAGUCGUCUUGUUAGAUUGACCACGUGUUAUUAUUCUGUUUAAGUUACCAUCCAUCUUCUUCUUCUUGACUUAACAUGUGAUAUUAUGAUUUUCCAUGCAAUAUUAUUAUUUUGUUCAAUUUACCAUGUUAUUCUCUUAGAUUUACCAUGCAUUUUCAUAAUUGAUAUUUCAUUUACUUAUUGUUAAAUUUACCAUGCAUUAUUAUUCCAUCUGUUGUUUGACCAUGUUUAAUUGACCCCAAAAAAACAAUAAAAUAAG